GCGGGCCGGACAUGACCUUUGCCGUCAACUGUCUCCUCUACAUUUUCGCCAUCAUCCCCAGCCACAUCCACGGGUUAUACGUGAGCUGUGUGUAUUUCCAUCGCAGACGCAAAGUCCGAAAAGGUCGAUAUCCCGGAAGUCAGACCAAAGCCCUGAUUUACUCGCCUCACGUGCUAAAUGGAGGUGCGAAGCAAAGUCUGGUGGAUUCACUGUAUUGGGCGGAAAAGGAGAAGUCUCCAAGAAGCUAGCAGCUUUACCUACCUCACCUUACUAUGGAUCCCGAGCACCACCACCACCACCACCAGUACCUGAUAAGGCAUGAGGUGGUACCUUCCUAGGAGACUGGAAGCUCAAAACCAACCAGCUUUAAUUUUUCCCUCUUUCUCGGGCAAUUAACGACUUACGACUUACGACUGAUUCCCGGCGUCGCCGGAUGUCCUUCCUUCCUCAUAGACCCUCAAAACCAUGGAUGGCCCAGGUACCUUAUGCGCACCUCCCUCCCUCCCUCCCUCUCUCACGAAACACGGUCCUGAGGAAAAGUCAAAAAUCUUUCCAAAUGCAUGCAACCCAUCCAUGAAUCAUCAUCAUCAUCAUCAUCAUCAACAACAACAACAACACAGGAUCAAGUCAUGAAGCAAUGAACACUACAUAUGCCUAAGUCGCGAGGAGAAAACAUAUAUAUACAUGUGUCUUCUUCAGCAGGCAGGAAGAGGACAGAGAGGGUCAAAAAAAGAAAGAGAAAAAAAGAAAUGCGCACGCCAGUACAUACAUACUCGUCUUUCUGGUCCGUACCCGCCCGGCCGGCCGGGCGACAUCUAAAACGACCACGGCUCUCAUGCUCAUACUCUCCCACUUUCCAUGGUACGGUGCCAGGAAAAAAAAAUCUUUCGAGAAAUGUAGUCAUCGUCUGUUUCCGCAAGACAUGGGAGAGAAGAAAGAUACUUUCUCUGUGUGUGUAAGAGGUACCACCGAAUAAUUACUUGUACCUGGUAGUGUACUUACUAUAUCAAUCCCCAUCAUCAUCCUUUCAUCUCUGAGAACCACAACUCCUCCCACCCACCUUUUUUGCCAGUCCCAGAACAAAAAAGAGAAAACACCUCUGCAAGACCAAAUCAAAAGAGAAAACACCUCUGCAAGAUCAAAUCAAAAGAGAAAACACCUCUACAAGAUCAAAUCAGAAGAGAAAACACUUUCGCAAGAUCAAAUCAAAAAAGAAGAAACUCUUUGCAAGAUCAAAUCAAAGAUCUCCUCCCAAAAGAAAUCUCCAAAAAUGGGCAAAGGAAAAGGAAGAUCCCGACACUCGACCAACAACAACAACAACAACAAGAACAACAAAAGCCAACACCCACCUUCUUCUUCCAACUCCAACUCCACCAUAUCUCCUCCUCCCACCACUACCACGACCACGACCACCACCCCACCAUCCCGCCUCCGCCUCCUCCCCCGCGAACUCCGCGACAAAAUCUACGAAUCCAUCUGCCUUGCCCCCAACGACUCCACCUUCACCAUGCCCUCUCCGUCCAGCAUCUGCGGAUUGGGCCGCCAAAUGGGCGCAGAACUCAUGGAGACCUUUCAUCGAGAAAUCCUGGCUCGCAACGAAGCCGAAAUCAUUCUCCUUCCUCGCACCAGAAAAUACCACAUCUCGUGGUCAUUCGACACCACCCUUCCCCCCGACGCGGAACCUUGUGUGCACAUUACAUUGCCCGUACAGGUGUGGCGGGAAGGUCCAUGUCGUGUCGCUCCCGAUACCAUAGGAAAUGGAGAAGGACCGGACAGCACAAAGGCGUCCAUCUGGCGCGAGCCUGACAAGACGCGAGAAAUCGGUUCCGCCGAAGAGAAGGAAAUAUGUUCAAGAAUUGAAGAGUUUGCUGGUGGAUUUCAAUAA